AUCAAACUUGUAAUUGCCAUCUUUUUUAGAGUGAAAGGUGAGAAGUGUCGUUUAGUUGUUGUUGUAGAUGAGCAUUGAGAAGUGAGAAGUGAGAAGUGCAGAGAAAGACGGAAGCGGCGUAGUGUUCGUCCCUUUGAGUUAUUUGGUGCAUCUUGGUCGCCAUGCUCAAGUUGUAUUCAUAUUGGAGGAGCUCUUGUUCCUUCCGAGUCCGAAUUGCUCUCAACCUCAAAGGCCUAAAAUAUGACUAUAUACCCGUCAAUCUCUUGAAGGGAGAGCAAUCUCAUCCCGAAUUCCUCAAGCUCAACCCUGUUGGUUUCGUGCCGGUUCUGGUGGAUGGCGAUCUUGUGCUUGCUGACUCCUUAGCCAUUAUUAUGUAUUUGGAUGAUAAGUAUCCUCAGCACCCUUUGCUGCCUAGUGAUAUUCACAAAAGAGCAAUCAAUUUCCAGGCUACCCACAUCGUUUCCUCCUCCAUACAGCCUCUUCAAAACAUAAGCUUUCUGAAUUACAUCGGGGAAAAAGUCGGCCCUGACGAAAAGCUUCCUUGGGUACAAAGUGUCCUUAGAAAGGGCUUCACAGCACUUGAAAAACUCUUGAAGGACCACACGGGAAGAUAUGCAAUGGGAGAUGAAAUUUUCCUGGCUGAUGUGUUUUUAGCGCCUCAGCUUCAUGCAGCAUUUACAAGGUUCAACAUUCCCAUGAAUGAAUUCCCCAUUAUGUCAAGAUUGCAUGAGACGUAUAAUGCUACCCCAGCAUUCCAGGAAGCUUUGCCGCAGAACCAACCAGAUGCAUUACACUAGUCAAGCCAACAAUCUGGGAGCAGUACGCACUUUGGUUGAUUUGUAAAAUGGAUAUGCAUGUAAGGUAAUUAAUGUAUAAAUAAGGUUGAUAGGGAUAUUGCACAUGGCACCAUGGACAAUGGAUAUAUAAAUUAUAAAUACCUUGGUUUUG